AUGGUAUUGACCUUUGGCUAUGAUAGCGCUGGGCACGCGGGCCGGCGACGUACUAAGUUGCUUCAACCCUCUGCGGAAGGCGGCGGCCUCCGUGUAAAUAUCGUGAACCUUGGCCGAACAAUACAACGCCUAACCAAUAUUGUAACUAAUCAACCGCAACGGACUUUGCUACAGAUUCAGCAAGCGAUGUUUGGGGUUUGCUUACACUUGGGACAUUUAUACGGCGGGGACCGUCUUUUAUCAACUUCUACGAUUGAUUAUCAAGCCUCGGCGCCGAAGCCAACAGAGAGCAGCGAUGGCAAUAACUUCACAUGUGCCUAUCAAUUGCCGGUAUAUUAUACACCUAUGGCGCCGGAUUGGAUAAAAGAUCUACAUAAAUACUGCAAGAGUUGGUAG